AUGUCUCGUCCUAAGGAGAACCAGGCGACUGUCGUCGCUGGACGACGACAAGAAGAAUGCCCGAAAGUAGCAACACUCUGCCCUGCUCCGAGAGGGGAAAAGGAAACGCAGCACUAUUCAGAUGGUGGGAGUGAUAGUCUUGUUCCACAGGCUCGAGACAAUGCUCAGUAUGAGAUCGACGAAUCCCGUCAACGCCAGCCCUCAGCCCUGAAGAAUGUUUGGCGCUUCUUCUCCACACCGCAACCAUCGCCAUAUCCCCAAGACCGACGCGGAAGGACUACUCGGCUCGAUGAGUCUCAAAUGCAGCCCUACUGGAACACGCCCUUUCGUCCCGAAAGCCCAAUGCCCCCCGUCUCAGACUCAACUAUCUGGCCCUUUUCUAACGAUUCCGAGCCCGAGGAGGUUUUGGACAUAGAGAUAAUUGCCUGGAAUCGUGGGCCACGCCGGACUGUGCGCAUUGUGCAUGGUGACCCACGUCAAGCAGUACAACCUGCCCAAGCUGCGAUCAUUGUCGGUCCUUCUACAGACGAUUCCUCAUCGGCAUUUGAAGAUGAGUCGUAUGAAGAAGAGGAAGAGGAGGAUAUUGUCGUGCAAGCAAGACGGGUGACCAGAGUAGGGAGAGCUACUCUGAUCAAAUUGCCUGAACUCAACAGAAACCAGAACCAGAACCAAGACGUGCAAGAGAGCCGUCCGCCUUCCGUAGACCUAGCUGACUGUUGA